CUGUCCCUUGCGUUAUAAUCUGAUGUAAACAAUCCAAACAAACCUACAGAAUAGCUAGUUUCGAAGUCAUGAGGCAGGAAAUUGGUGCGAUAUUUUGGAGAAAUCAUCGGAACGAAAUAAAAGAAGAGGACACAGAAUCGGAUUUUUCAUUGCCACAAGGUGGCAGUCAAGAAUCAACAAAGUCAACUAGCUGCCCUGAAAUUCCCAAAGAAGAAGAAGAAGAACUGUACUGCGCAUGAGCACUGGGAAACUCGGGCAAAAUGUCACAAUGAAUGUAUUGUGAAUAUUACUACAUAAGGAUAACUUCUUUUUAUUUCAUAGCAUGGCACUCGUACCGUAUGUAGAGAACCCGUUACCCGCACUUUCUAAGCUCCACAAUUUAUCAGCACAAUUUCGAUUCGCCAACCACGACCUCCGUCUUGCCCAGGACUGGAAAAGGCUCGGGGUGGCAGCAGUUGUAUGGGAUGCGGCAGUUGUCAUGUGUAUGUACCUGGAGCUGGGGAAGCUGGAGUUAAAGGGAAAGGAGGCAAUUGAGCUGGGAGCUGGCACUGGACUGGUGGGCAUCGUCGCGGCCCUGCUGGGUGCCAGAGUGACCAUCACCGACAGGGAUCCUGCCCUGGACUUCCUCUCUGCCAACGUGAAGGCGAACUUGCCCCCAGACUCUCAGGGGUCAGCGGUUGUGUCUGAGCUGACCUGGGGUGAGGGCCUUGAACGUUACCCAGCCGGCGGAUAUGAUCUGGUGUUGGGAGCAGACAUUGUUUACCUGGAGGACACAUUUGAGCCUCUGUUGCAAACUCUGGAGCACCUGUGCUCGGACACCACGGUGGUGUUAUUGGCCUGUAAGAUCCGCUACAAGCGAGAUACAAACUUCCUGAGCAUGCUGAAGCAACGGUUCACGGUGGAAGAGGUCUACUAUGAUAAACAAAGGGACAUCCAUGUGUACAAGUCUUGGAGACCUCCAGCGAAGAGGGAUUUGUGACAACUGAGCAUUAUAACUAGUCAGCUCUCCUUUAGUGACUGCCUCCUCUUUAUAAUAAUGUACUGUUUUUGCACAAAAAUCGAAUAAAAUGUUCAAAAGCUAAUCAAA